UUGAUUACCACUUAAUAUAGUAACAAAAAUGUACAUACACCAGCAUUCAUAAUGUUCUGUAGUGUGUGACUUACGCACGCACGCAUCCACAAACACACACACACACACACACACACACACACACACACACACACACACACACACACACACACACACACAUCCUAUUUACAUGGGGUCCUGUGUAAAAAGGGGAAGUUGUGUGAGGAGAUUGUGGUGAAGGAAUGUUGGAGGGUUCUAAAGAGGAAGGGUAGUAGGAGAGGACCUCUGAAAGGUUCAGUGAUAGUGUUGUGGAGUUGUAUAACUGUGGUAUAGUAUUCAAGCGCUGACCUAUCUCAUGCAUCUGUUUCAUACAUGGCUUCUGUUUCUGGGCCUUCUGUACCACUGGUUAGCUACCUUGAGCUGAUAGCUAUAUCAAUUGUGUGUAUGUGUAUUUGUGUGUGUGCGCAGUGGGUGCAUCUCUGUGUGUUUAUGUGCAGCUGUGUGAAGGACUGGGCGCAGAAAUGUUUUUCAACACUAUCUGGUUGCUGCCAUCUAAAGAUGUCUGUGUGGCAGGUCAGCCAGCUCCACAAAGUCAGCACAGGGCUGUAAUUGAAAGUUGAGCAGUUGAGUGGAGCUGCUGUAUUGAUAAGAGCUUAUAAGGCUCCGUCAGCAGGCCCUGUGUCCGUCAGUGUCCCUGGGGAGGGGAGGAGGAGCUGCGAGUAUGCCAUCUGUUAGAGCAGGCACCUCAUAAUGGGGAGGCAGGGAAGGGGGAGGGGAGUCAGGCUGGGGGAGGAAAUAGGAAUGGGGGUGGGCAGCCAGCAAAUAUAUAAAUGUACGUGUAAUAGCCGCAGAUCUGCCAAUUAAGGGAGAAAUGUAAUGGGAGCAUGUGUGAGGUGUGCUAAUGAAGACAAAUGGGUGAACUAAUGUAGCAGCACACACUAUACGUGUGUUUGUGUGUGGAUGGGAGCGGGGGAGAGUUUUGCUACCUUGUGCCAGUAGUACAGCUCUUCAGUGCCACACAGUGGGAUGUGAGGGGGCAGAGCACUGGCUCUUGGCACACCCUGCCUACAUUAUUGUGUGGUCUGUCUGUCUGCCUGGGCUGCUGAGUCUCAGGCUCUUGGAAGGGUAGUAGGAGCCACAAUUGACUAUGAAAUUAUGAAUACAUAUUACAUUAAAUGCAACACUAUAUGCAUUUAGACACUAUUUGUUUUUAUUACCCAAAUUACUAUUACAACAUGUGAAAUGUUCUACAUUUAGCUAAAUACUUAUCAUAUUAAUUCAAUUUGAUUCUAGAACAUAGCAGCAAGUACAGUGAACUGCAGCACAAUUAAUAUUCAUGCUGGCAACCCACUUUCAAGGUGUUUGUAUAGCGAAAGGGAAAGGUGUAGAGGACAUCAGUGGUAGAAAAUAAUUAUUUAUACUCUUAUAGUUGGCUUAUGGCCUGUAAUUAAUGUAUACUCAUGUUGCAAACACAAAGAAUAAUUGAUUACCACUUAAUAAAGCAACACACAUUUAGAUAAACCAGCAUUCUUAAUGUUCUGUAGUGUGUGACUUAUGCGUACGCACGCACGCACACACACACACAAACACAAACAUUAUUCUCUUCCUCAUGUGAAGAAGGCUAAAAGUGAUUGAUUGGGUGGUGAAGUGGUCUUUCCCCUGUGAUCCAACUGCAGGGUCAUAAUAUCUCAUAUUAUAACUACUGCACUACUGCACACGUAAAUCCAAACCAUUUCAUAGGUUAACAGUUUCUCGCUUCAAUGUACAAGUUCAAAAUUAAUAUGCAGAGCCAUGAUGACGGUAAUGGACCCAGUUGUUGGAAAAUACUCUUAAAUCUGCCAUAGUCUCCUGCAGAGCAUAAACCAUUCAUAAAUCUACGAGCCUACUUAAUCAACUAGUUGGUCUAUCGUAAAGGAAGGAAGAUAUACAUGUUUAAUUUGGUCGCUGUCCUGCAUGUGAUGGGUUUUAUUCUCAUCAAAUAGAGAUAUUACAGGUGACAAUUUCGUAUCUCACGAUGGGCUAUGGAAAUAGCUCUCGUGACUAUGCAUAGCCAUAAACACCAUGGACUGCUUAGGAUGAGAAAUAAAGGGUCAAAUGCAAUCACAUUAUCUCCAUAGACCAUUUAUCACUGAAAUGAAUCUGAUUAAAAACACCUAUCAGGUGAAACUGUGCAUGCAGUACUUUCUCUGGACCACUAGUCGUUGCUCUUUCCCUGCACUAUGAGCGCACGGCAACGCAGGGGGCUUUUCAGUAGUUUGAAAAUGUUAGUAGGACUCUGAGCUGGUUCUCCGUUGUGAUUGGUUUGAGAUCCGCUAUCUUCUUUCCGUGAUUGGCCACGAGGUGUUAAAGGGGUGUGAGAAGUGGUGUGGAGGGGAGUGGGCCCAAGGUCUUUCUCGCAUCCCGCUUCACUUAUUCCUUUCGUGCCUCAAGCCUCCAAGUAUUAGGUUUUCAUACACUGCGUACAGUACGGUUUGAAAUGUGACUCAAAAUAAGCACUGGUGGAAUACUAUUCUGUGGCAACUGAAGGACUUGUGUUUACACCUUUUUAAAAGGGAGAGGAAAGGCAGACCACCUUUGCCAUGCCAGUGGAUUUGUUUGCGAUUUUAUGCGUGAUUGCUACGGUUUACGCAGUGGAAGAGACAGUGAUGGACACGCGGACGGCCACAGCAGAGCUGGGUUGGCUAGCAUAUCCUGCCUCUGGGUGGGAGGAGGUGAGUGGCUAUGAUGAGAACCUCAACACCAUCAGGACCUACCAGGUGUGUAACGUGUUCGAGCCCAGCCAGAACAACUGGCUCCUUACCACCUUCAUCGACAGACGAGGGGCUCAGCGUGUCUAUGUGGAGAUGCGUUUCACUGUCCGUGACUGCAGCUCCAUCCCCAGUGUUCCCGGCUCCUGUAAGGAGACGUUCAACCUCUACUACUACGAGACAGACUCGGUCAUCGCCACCACCAAGGGAACCGCCUUCUGGAUGGAAGCCCCCUACCUGAAGGUGGACACCAUCGCAGCUGACGAGAGCUUCUCCCAGGUGGACUUUGGUGGACGAUUGAUGAAGGUCAACACGGAGGUGCGGAGCUUCGGCCCGCUGUCUCGUAGUGGUUUCUACCUGGCCUUCCAGGACUACGGGGCCUGCAUGUCCCUGCUGUCCAUACGUGUCUUCCAUAAGAAGUGCCCCAGCGUGGUGCAGAACUUUGCCAUCUUCCCCGAGACCAUGACGGGCGCCGAGAGCACCUCCCUGGUCAUCGCCAGAGGCACGUGCAUCGCUAACUCAGAGGAAGUGGAUGUUCCCAUCAAGCUGUACUGCAACGGAGAUGGAGAGUGGAUGGUUCCCAUUGGGAGCUGCACCUGCAAGGCUGGCUUUGAGCCGGACAACGGCAACGUCUGUAGAGCAUGUCCCCAGGGGACGUUCAAGUCCACCCAGGGGCCAGGGCUGUGUCUGCAGUGCCCCACCAACAGCCGCUCCACUGUGGAGGCGGCCACCAUCUGCGGCUGCCGCAACGGAUACUACAGGGGAGACAUGGACAUGCCCGAGGCUUCCUGCACCAGUGUCCCCUCUGGUCCCAGGAACGUCAUCUCCAUCGUCAACGAGACCUCGGUGAUCCUGGAGUGGCUCCCGCCAAAAGAGACUGGUGCCCGCGAUGACAUCACCUACAACAUCGUGUGCAAGAAGUGCCGUGCGGACCGGCCGUCGUGCUCCCAUUGUGAUGACAACGUGGAGUAUGUACCCAUGCAGCAGGGCUUGACCGAGACCAGGGUGUUCAUCAGUAACCUGUGGGCCCACACCCCCUACGCCUUCGAGAUACACGCUUUCAAUGGAGUCACCAACAAGAGCCCCUACCCUGCCCAGCACGUGUCCAUCAACAUCACCACCAACCAGGCUGCUCCCUCCAUGGUUCCCAUCAUGCACCAGGUUAGCUCCACAAUGAAGAGCUUCACGUUGUCAUGGCCACAGCCGGAGCAGCCCAAUGGAAUCAUCCUGGACUAUGAACUGAGGUACUACGAGAAGGACCACACUGAGUUGAAUUCGACCAUGGUGCGCAGCCAGACCAACACUGCCCGUGUGGAGGGCCUGAGGCCAGGCAUCAUGUACAUGGUACAGGUCCGUGCCAGGACGGUGGCAGGCUUCGGCAAAUACAGCAGCAAGCAGUUCUUCCAAACCCUGACAGAUGAUGAGUAUAAGUCAGAGCUGAGGGAACAGCUGCCUCUAAUUGCAGGCUCAGCGGCUGCAGGAGUGGUCUUCCUGGUGUCCUUGGUCGCCAUCUCCAUCGUCUGCAGCAGGAAGAGAGCGUACAUGAAGGAGACUAUAUACAGCGACAAACUGCAGCAAUGCAGUACAGGCAGAGAACUCUCUCUGAGACCGGACAUGUCCAGCUGUCCCUCCCCCAUGGCAUGCCCCACCCACUUCUCUGGCUCACCAGCGAUGAAGAUCUACAUCGAUCCCUUCACCUACGAGGACCCCAACGAAGCCGUCCGAGAAUUCGCCAAAGAGAUAGACGUGUCCUGUGUGAAGAUUGAGGAGGUCAUUGGUGCAGGCGAGUUUGGAGAGGUGUAUAAGGGUCGCCUGAAGCCAUCUGGGAAGAGGGAGCUGUAUGUGGCCAUUAAGACCCUGAAGGCGGGCUACGUGGAGAAGCAGAGGAGAGACUUCCUGUCUGAGGCCAGCAUCAUGGGCCAGUUUGACCACCCCAACAUCAUCAGACUGGAGGGCGUGGUCACCAAGAGUCGGCCAGUCAUGAUCAUCACAGAGUUUAUGGAGAAUGGGGCCCUGGACUCCUUCCUGAGGCAAAACGACGGGCAGUUCACGGUGAUCCAGCUGGUGGGGAUGAUGCGUGGCAUCGCAGCGGGCAUGAAGUACCUGGCAGAGAUGAACUACGUCCACAGAGACCUGGCCGCCCGCAACAUCCUGGUCAACAGCAACCUGGUGUGCAAGGUGUCCGACUUUGGCCUGUCCCGCUACGUACAGGACGAAACAUCAGACCCCAUCUAUACCAGCUCCCUGGGAGGUAAGAUCCCGGUGAGGUGGACAGCCCCUGAGGCCAUUGCCUACAGGAAGUUCACCUCAGCCAGUGACGUGUGGAGCUACGGCAUCGUCAUGUGGGAGGUGAUGUCAUUCGGCGAGAGGCCGUACUGGGACAUGAGCAACCAGGACGUGAUCAACGCCAUAGAGCAGGACUACCGGCUGCCCCCUCCCAUGGACUGCCCCACAGCACUACACCAGCUGAUGCUGGACUGCUGGCAGAAAGAUAGAAAUGCCCGGCCCAAAUUCAACGACAUCGUCAACACGCUGGACAAGAUAAUCCGCAACCCUACAAGCCUCAAAGCUGUGGCCACCAUCACUGCAGUGCCUUCUCAGCCCCUGCUAGACCGCUCUAUUCCAGACUUCACUACCUUCACCUCUGUGGAGGAUUGGCUAGGUGCCAUCAAGAUGGGGCAGUACAGAGACACUUUCCUGGGCUCUGGCUUCACCUCCCUACCCCUGGUGGCUCAGAUCAGCUCAGAAGACCUGUUGAGGAUAGGAGUGACCCUGGCCGGCCAUCAGAAGAAGAUCCUGAGCAGUGUCCAGUCUAUGAGGGACCAGAUGGCCCAGUCCCCCACCUCCAUUGCCUGACCACAGGGGGCGCCACCACCACCACCCAGAGACAACCCACCAGGGAGCCCAUAGGAGAACUCCUGAUGACCCUAAAGAAUACACCCGGGUGGAGACACUAACCUUGAUUUAAAGAACGACCAUGUGGCACAUACAUAACAACAUGCACGCCCCCAACACACACUCUCUCAAGACCUAGGAAAAGACACCGGACCUCUAGUUUACUGAAGAUACAAAGGGAUAGAAGAUAAGAUUCUGCCUCAGGACAACUUCAAUGGUUCAAUUACAGCAGUCUAUAAAGUUGGCUUAUUUUUUGCUGAAGAAGAGUGCAAGCGGAAGAGCAAGUGUGUUUGUUUGCUUGCUGUGACAGAUGGUCAUGAAAUGCUAAAAAGAAAAGAUUUUAAAAAACGGUGCUACUUUAUUAGGAUCAAUGGGUUGAUUUGGCUAAAGGACAGCAUCAAACGGUGUCACCCAGAUUGGAAAAACAAACAAAAAGGUAUAUAUUAAAAUAAAAUAAGCUAGAUUGAUGACUUCUUACUUAAAUGAAUCUUCAUAUUGAAGAUGAUUUGUAAAUACUAUAUGGAUGUUAUUUUUCUGCUUGCAUUUUUGGCAACAACACAACUACAUGUAUGUAGUUUCAUCUGAAUAGUUUAGGAUUCUUAUAGUCAUGAAGGGUUAUUUUCUAUGGCGGCACUUGGAAGUUCUUCUCAAUAGGAGGCAGAUCACUGGGGUAAAGACCGACAUGACUGAUUCUGCAUAAAGGAUACACUGUUUAAAUAUACACAUAAGAUAUCUCUUUGUAAUGUUUUAGACUUUCAGAGACCACAUUGACAUUGAACCCAUACAUCUGCAAGAGUCAGUAAGUGUCUAGUGUUGUGCAUCGAAGACCCAGGGUAAUUAAAUAACUGUUACAGGUACAGUGAAGGUUAUAUGUCAUUUUAAAGUUAUAUUGACAGUCUCAAGUGCUUUGUGCUUUCACCACACUACUACCCUAGAACUUUAUUUACCAUUUUCGGCUGCUUUUCAAACAUGACAACAGAACAGCUUUCCCUGCUUAAGGUGUUGACCAUGCUGUGUUGAUUCUGGGCGACUCGAGGCAAGUUAAUCUUAAACGUUAAGUCCCUUAUUUAGGGGACUUUGAGUGGUUCUGGACUGGUUCCGACUGCCAGUUUUGUGUACAGAGUACUCUGUGAACAGCGCAACAUCAAUUGCUGUGCACAUCUGAGAUGUGAAAUCUGACACCUCAUUUGCAUAGGGAGCAACACCUAACAUUUCCUGGGCUAUCCAGACAAAGGAUUGAUUUCUUCUGUCUGUGAAUCUCGCAGCUCCUCUAACAAUACAGCAUAUGAAAUGGGAGACCCUGGCAAUUGCAGCAAAAGGAGUCUCAUCUCGCUGUGAUGUUCUCAGAUGGAUUUAGAGCUUUCAACAUGACAAAAUACACCAUUGUUUUGUAGAAUAUAAACAAGAACACUUUCUCUUGGUCACAGAGGGACGAAAUCACUUUGUGCUUAAAGGGGCAAUCUGCAGUUGCUACAUACAUUUUUGGACUUAUAAAUUAAUUAUAUGUACCCGUUGAUUGUUGAGGAAUAUAAAUUAUGAAUGCCUCAUGAGCUUAGUUCAACUGCCAUACCCCAUAAAAAAACAAAAAUAUAAGCUUGUUUAAUUCCAUUGUUUGUAAACAAAGUAAAUGUAAACAAACAAUAUAGCCUAAAAACAUAGUUAAAACGAUAAUUUUGAUAUCAUGGAUGGUCAGUACUUGCAUCCAUAGCUCUGUCUAAUAUGAAUUUGAGAGUGGUUACAU